AAAGUGGAAUUCUCUAAAAAUUGCCUAUUUGUGUUUUGUUUAUCGCCCGAAUUUCUUUCCAAGGCAGUUGUAACCGUCCGCCGACUAACUCUUAAAGUCGCAGGACCCCUGAAUGGCGGCCUCCAGUAAAACCAGGCAUCAGAUGAUGAGGGUCCUCAGCUUGCUGCUUGUCCUGAUGCAAUUGCAGCAUGCACACUCGGCAUCGAAGGGAGUCACGGCCAGUCUAAAGGCCAAGUGGCCCAUAACUCCGCUUUUACUGGAGACGAGUGAGUUCAUCAGUGAAGGUGGAGAUGACAAGUUUUGGCAGUUUGUUGAUACUGUGAAGGAGUUAACGGUGUAUAAACAUGGAGAAUCGGUCCGAUCGUACUAUAACCUGAUCAUUAAAAAAGCCGGUCAGUUCCUGAGUGAUCUCCAGGUCAGCCUUCUGAAGUUCUCGCUGUCGCUCAGAGCCUACUCACCUGCUGUACAUGCAUUCCAACAGAUUGCCAGUGACGAGCCACCACCAGAAUCCUGCACUGCAUUCGUCUCUGUCCAUGGCCUACACGCCUGCAGCACCAAGGAAAUGAAGAAGUUCCUGAAAGGGGCAACAGGCAGGCCAAAGCCGUACUUGUAUAAGAACGAUCACAAGUAUCCAGGGGUCAAUGGGACAGAUCUUCCAGUUGCCAUACUUUACGCAGAAAUCGGCACCAAAAAGUUCAACACCUUCCAUAAGGUUCUUUCUGAGAAGGCAGCAGAGGGGAAGCUGAUCUAUGUGCUGCGCCAUUUUGUUGCUGAGCCAAAGAAGCAGCACAUGCUGCUGUCUGGAUAUGGUGUGGAGCUGGCCAUUAAAAAUACCGAGUACAAAGCUGUGGAUGACACACAAGUUAAAGAUUCAAAAUCAGCAGCCACUGUUGAAGAGGAUGACACAGAUGACAUCCAGGGCUUUUUAUUUGGAAACUUAAGGGAGUCUCAUCCAGAACUGCAGGAACAAUUAGGGGAACUGAGGAGGCAUCUGUUGGAGAGCACGAACGACAUGGCGCCUCUCAAAGUGUGGGAGCUGCAAGACCUGAGUUUCCAAGCAGCGACCCGGAUCGUGACAGUGCCGAAGUUUGAUUCCCUCAAACUGAUGCGAGAUCUCAGUCAAAAUUUCCCCAGCAAAGCAAGAUCACUGACCAGAGUGCCUGUAAACCAAGAAAUGAGGAAAGAAAUUGAGGAGAACCAAAAGCGACUGAGCAAAUCUCUGGGAAUCAAACCUGGUGAUGCUAGUCUCUACAUUAACGGGAUGCACAUCGAUCUGGACCUUCAUAACCCCUUCAGCAUACUGGACAUUAUCCGAGGAGAAGCAAAGCUUCUAGAGGGGCUUCAUAACCUUGGAAUCACGGGCACAACCCUAGGCAAAUUUCUGCGCCUUCCUGUGACCACUGUGGAGGACAGCUAUGCCCUGGACAUCCAACAUACUGCUAUUAUGUGGGUUAAUGAUAUUGAGACAGACUCCAUGUACCGGAACUGGCCCUCCAGCAUUCAGGAGCUGCUCAGAGCCACAUUUCCUGGCGUGAUUCGACAAAUCCGCCGGAACUUCUUCAAUUUGGUUCUGUUUCUGGACCCAGUUCAGGAGGACAGCAUUGAACUUGUCAAAUUAGCCGAGCUCUUUUACAAACACAAGAUUCCUCUCAGGAUUGGAUUUGUCUUUGUUGUUAAUACUGAUGAAAAGGUGGAUGGUUACUCAGAUGCCGGUGUUGCUUUCGUCAGAGUGUUUAACUAUAUUACAGAGGAGUAUGACAUAACCCAGGCUUUCUUAUCCAUGGUGUCUAUGUAUAACAAAGUAGAUGUUGGAGAUUCCUUAUCGGUUGAGACUGUGACAGCAUAUCUGAAGAAGAAAUUUCCAAAAGCUAAUGCUGCCAAAAUUCUUGGGGUGGACUCAGCCUAUGAUGAUAAAAGAAAGGCUGGGGCAGUUUUCUACAGAAAGAGCGGGCUGGGCGCUCUUCCCGUGGGGCUGUUUAACGGGGUUCCACUCAGCGCCGAGGAGAUGGACCCAGACGAGUUGGAAACCAUUCUGCUCCAGCACAUCAUGGAUGCAACUAACGUCUUCCAGAGAGCCGUCUUCAUGGGUCAGAUCUCUGAAGGUACAGAUGUGGUGGACUUCUUAAUGGAGCAGCCUAAUGUAGUGCCACGCAUUAACCCUCUUAUCCUAAGCUCAGACAGGAGAUAUCUGGACUUCACCGCAUCUCCAGUUACCGAUGACUGGGAUGAUCCAGCAAUGUUCUCAUUUCUGGACUCCAAGGACAAGACAGCUGUUAUCUCGAAGAGAAUGAAGUAUUUAACAAAGCAUGAAGACGAGAUGGUGUACGGAGUGACCAUUUGGAUUGUUGCAGAUCUUGAGCAAGUCUCUGGAAGGCAGAUUCUGCUAAAUGCAUUAAAACAUAUGAAGUCCAGUAGUUCCAGUAGCCGUGUCAGUGUGAUUAAUAACCCUAGUGACCAACCCACAGAAGACAACAGCGGCUUAUACAGAGCCAUCUGGGCCUCCUUUCUCACACAAAGCACCAAGAGUACCCUCGAUUUCACCCUGAAGCUUCUCAAAGAAGAGACUGUACAACUCCUCACACAGGGCACCAAGAUUAAAGAUCUACUCUUAAAGGGCAUGGACCAGGAUACCUUUGAGAAGAAGUUCAACACUAUGGAGUUGGGCUUUUUGCACAGCCAGCAGAGGUUCUGUCAGGAGGUACUGAAGGUGAAGGCAGGGCAGGCGGCUGUGGUCAGCAAUGGCAGGGUCCUGGGUCCGUUUGCAGAAGAGGAGGAGUUCAGCACGGAUGACUUCCACUUGCUGGAGAAACUCACGCUCAGCACCUCGGCAGAGAAGAUCAAGGCUAAAGUGAAGCAAAUGAGCCUGACACCCAAAAAUACAUGUGAUCUUAUUAUGAAAGUGGAUGCUCUCCUCUCAGCUGCUCCCAAAACAGAGCCCAGGAAGGAUAUCAAAUUUCUGAAAGACAAACACAGUGUUUUGCACCUUUCCCCACGGGAAGAUGAGGUGUUUUUUGAUGUGGUUGCAACUGUGGAUCCGCUCACGAGGGAUGCUCAGAAGUUAGCUCCGUUAUUGAUCGUACUUGGUCAGGUGGUAAAUGUGAGGGUUCAGUUGUUCAUGAACUGCAGAGCCAAGCUGUCAGAGAUGCCCCUGAAGAGCUUCUACCGUUUUGUUAUGGAAGCUGAUGUGGCUUUCUUUGGGAAUGACACACUGUCUCCAGGGCCGAUGGCUCGCUUCACUGAGAUCCCAGAAUCCCCAUUGCUUACACUGAACAUGAUCACACCUGAGAGCUGGAUGGUGGAAGCGGUCCAGAGUCCAUAUGACCUGGACAACAUUCACCUACAAGAGGUCAGUGGUGUGGUAAACGCAGAGUACGAACUGGAGUAUCUGCUGCUAGAGGGCCACUGCUUCGACCUGUCCACAGGUCAACCUCCACGAGGACUGCAGUUUACACUGGGCAUGAAGCAGGAGCCGCUCAUGCAUGAUACUAUUGUCAUGGCCAACCUGGGAUACUUCCAGCUGAAGGCUAACCCUGGUGCCUGGAUCCUGAGGUUGCGCAAGGGACGUUCGGAAGACAUUUAUCAGAUACAAGCGCACGAUGGAACGGACUCACCUGCAGAUGCCGGAGAUGUGAUCGUGAUGCUCAACAGCUUUCACAGCAAGAUCAUCAAAGUCAGAGUUCAAAAAAAGCCGGACAAAUACAGUGAAGAUCUUCUGAGUGAAUCUACAGAAAGCAAAGGCCUGUGGGACUCGAUUACCAGUGUGUGGAGUACUUUGGAGAAAAGUUUAACCGGCGGCUCCAGUGCUGAAGAAGGAGAUACGAAGAAGGAGGACGUGCUCAACAUCUUUUCAGUGGCGUCUGGACAUCUAUAUGAGCGCUUCCUGAGAAUAAUGAUGCUGUCUGUCCUCCAACACACCAAAACCCCCAUUAAGUUUUGGUUCCUGAAAAAUUACCUCUCUCCUUCUUUUAAGGAGUCCAUUCCCCACAUGGCUGAAGCCUACGGUUUCCAGUAUGAACUGGUGCAGUAUAAGUGGCCACGCUGGUUGCAUCAGCAGACAGAGAAACAGCGCAUUAUCUGGGGCUACAAGAUUCUUUUCCUGGAUGUUCUUUUCCCUCUAGCAGUGGAUAAGAUCAUCUUUGUGGACGCUGAUCAGAUUGUCAGGGCAGAUCUGAAAGAGCUGAGGGACUUGGACUUGGAGGGAGCUCCCUAUGGAUAUACACCGUUCUGUGACAGCCGACGUGAAAUGGACGGUUACCGGUUCUGGAAGACUGGUUACUGGGCGUCCCAUUUGGGUCACAGGAAAUACCACAUCAGCGCGCUGUAUGUGGUGGACCUAAAGAAGUUCAGGAAGAUUGCAGCAGGAGAUCGUCUCCGAGGACAGUACCAAGCUUUAAGCCAAGAUCCGAACAGCCUUUCCAAUCUGGACCAGGAUCUCCCUAACAACAUGAUCCAUCAAGUGGCCAUUAAGUCGUUACCUCAAGACUGGCUGUGGUGUGAAACUUGGUGUGAUGAUGCCUCCAAAGCCAGUGCUAAGACAAUUGACCUGUGUAAUAAUCCAAAGACCAAAGAGCCUAAGCUGAGUGCCGCCGUACGGAUCGUGCCCGAGUGGUCCAGAUACGACAGUGAGAUCAAGCAGCUCCUGAAGCGCGUCAAGGAUCAGAAAGAGAACACAAAGUCAUCUGCCUCAAAGACAGAGCAUACAAGCAGCCAUCGGGAUGAACUUUAGCACCUGUACUAAAGGAGAGAGGGACGUUUGCAACCGAAACCCUCUACAAGUGCACAUAAAUAUCCACAAACCGAACCAGGACGUAUUAAACUGGACCUAAACACUGCAGAAGAGGACGAAAAGAGAAACAUUUUUAACACAUUUCAGUUUUCUAUUUAUGAAUCAUGUUGGCUGGAGUCUAUAUUUUAAAGGUCCAAUAGGUCAUCCUUGCUUACAGAACGUGAAAGGGGAAUCCUUUUGUAACGCAUAUGAAGAAAGCCAGAUCUCCUUUUCCACUGGAGUCAACAUUAUGUGCAGUGAACCAGUAAUAUACAAAAUGAUCAAACUUUGUAUAUUGAACUGUUUCCUUGUGUUACGUGUCUGUUCUGCUGCACAUAUAAUACCGGAAAGCGUUCUGGACUGUGUUUUGGUGCCAUCUUGUGGUCAGUUUAUGAAACAUUGCACUGAUGAGUUUCAUGGGAAAACUGCAUAUGCACAUUCCUUUAUAAUUCCUCAAAUGCCUGAUGUGUUUAUUAUUAUUAUUAUUAUUGUUAUUAUUAUUAAUUCAUUCCACACUAUAAGCUCAUGAUGAGUUUUUCCUCUUACAUUACUGUUAAAUGUUUACACAGAGAAAGGUGAGGCUGAAGGGAAAUUAAAGUUUUUUUUGUAUCAUGUGUAACUUGUUAUUCCUUUAUUGCAGUAAUAAGGAAAUCUAAAAUCAUUACAAUAUGAUUGAACAUAAUUUCAGUAUGAUUAUAUAUAGAUUUUUUUAAGGGUUGUCUGAGCGCUGGGGACAUUUGUAAAAUUUACCCAAAAACAUGCAAAAAGUGUACAAUUUUAUUGGAUUUUAUCCACCACAUGAAUGAUUCUUGUGUUUCCAUUUUUUUAAACUGAAAAAAAAGAAAAAAACAACAACGUGCUGUGUUUGUGACAUUCCCUGAUCGAUCUGAUGUUACAGGCUGAGCUACUUUUGUUUGAAGCCUGCAAUGGAUGGAUGUGGAUUUUCUCAGGAAUAAAUAAAAUGUUUAUUAUUCGUC